AUUGCCUUAUCCGGCAGUCAGCCGCCCCGGCAGCCGCUCGUGUCAGCCGGGUUCUGGCAGAGCGUUCUGACCGGGUCCGCUCUCAACCACAGGUGCGCCCCCACUGCGCGCGUAUAUAUAUCCGUCCGACCGUCCGACCAUCUUUUUAACCCUUUUCCCCCAUCCCUCACCAUCCCCUCCUGGUGUCGUCUGUCUCGCUCUAAGCGCAGUUAGCCGCCGCCGCGCUCCGCGUCCCUCCCCUCUCCCCUCCGCCCCUACCUGGUCAUCAUCAUGUCGGCCAACGACGAAAAGGUCGGUGACGUCGACGCCAAGCAGCCCGGUACUCCCGCCGAGCAGCCUGAGAAGCGAAAGAGGGAGUACAAGGAUUUUGGUCACGAGCAAGAGGAAGCGACUCAUGCCAAGGUCGACAUGUCCCAGAUCCAGCUUCGUGCUGAGGACUUGUACGAUAAGGAGAAAGUCGACCUUGAGACCAUCGUCGUCGAGGACGUGUUCAAGCUCCUCCAGUGCGACGACAAUGGUUUAACCGACGACGAGGCUCUGCGCCGGCUCGAGCUGUUCGGCCCUAACAGGCUCGAGUCCGAGGAGCAAAACGCCUUCCUUCAGUUCCUGAGCUUCAUGUGGAACCCUCUGUCAUGGGUCAUGGAGGCUGCUGCCCUCGUCGCCAUCGCGCUCUCGAACGGUGAGGGCCAACCUCCGGACUGGCAGGACUUCGUCGGUAUCGUCCUCCUUCUGCUCAUCAACUCGUCCAUCGGUUUCUACGAGGAGCGCAAUGCCGGUAACGCUGUCAAGGCGCUCAUGGAAUCGCUCGCUCCCAAGGCUAAGGUCAAGCGUGGCAAUUCAUGGAAGGAGAUCGAGUCCGCCGACCUCGUUCCCGGUGACCUCGUUUCGUUCAAAAUCGGUGACAUCGUUCCGGCCGACUGCCGUCUCACGGAGGCGAUCAAUGUCUCUAUCGACCAGGCUGCGCUGACUGGCGAGUCUCUGCCUCAAAGCAAGAAGCUCGGUGAUCAGUGUUUCUCUGGCUCUACUUGCAAGCAGGGUGAAGCCGAGGGUGUGGUCAUUUCUACCGGUGCCAACACGUUCUUCGGUCGCGCUGCGUCGCUCGUCGGUCAGGACGACGACACCACCGGUCACUUGCAGAAGAUUCUCGCCCAGAUUGGUACCUUUUGCCUCGUCGUCAUUGGUAUCUUCGUCAUCGCCGAGAUCUUCUGCUUGUAUGCCGGCUUCCGCUACCACUACCGUCGCGGUCUCAACAACAUCCUGGUGCUUUUGAUCGGUGGUAUCCCCAUUGCGAUGCCCACCGUCUUGUCCGUCACGCUCGCUGUCGGUGCUCAGCAACUCGCGAAGUACAAGGCCAUCGUCACCCGUAUCACUGCCAUCGAGGAGCUUGCCGCCGUCACCAUCUUAUGCUCGGACAAGACCGGUACGCUUACCACGAACAAGCUCACCAUCGAUCGCGAGACGAUUCGUACCUACGGCCCCUUCUCCGGUGAGGACGUCAUCCUCUUGGCAGCCUACGCCUCCCGUACCGAGAACCAAGACGCUAUCGACUCUUGCGUCGUCGGUGCUCUUGGCGAGAUAUCUCGCGCUCGCGCUGGUAUCAAGCUGCUCGACUUCAAGCCUUUCAACCCUGUCGACAAGCGCACGGAGAUCACCUACCUCGAGGAGAGCUCCGGCAAGCUCAAGCGCGUUACGAAGGGAAUGACCGGCAUCAUCAUCGAGCUGUGCACGCGCAACAAGACCGAGGAGCAGGAGAACAAGCUCGAGGCCGACGUCGAGGAGUUCGCUAUGCGUGGUCUUCGUGCUCUCGCUGUCGCCUACGAAGAGGUUGACGGUGACAACUUCGAGAACGAGGGCAACGGUUUCGAGCUCAUUGGCCUCCUCCCUAUCUUCGACCCUCCCCGCUCGGACACCAAGCAGACCAUCGACGACGCGCAGGCUCUCGGUGUCAAGGUCAAGAUGGUCACCGGUGACCAGCUCGCCAUCGCGAAGGAGACCGGUCGUCGUCUCGGUCUCGGUGACCACAUGUACCCCGCGAAGGUGCUCAAGGACGGUCCCGAGGCUGGCGGCAAGCACGCGUCGCUCGACGAGAUGAUCCUCGACGCCGACGGUUUCGCUGGUGUCUUCCCUGAGCACAAGUACGAGAUCGUCAAGCGUCUCCAGGGUCUUGGCCACUUGGUUGCGAUGACUGGUGACGGUGCCAACGACGCCCCCGCUCUUUCCCGUGCUAACGUUGGUAUCGCCGUCGAGGGUGCCACCGACGCUGCUCGUGGCGCCGCUGACAUCGUCCUGACGGAACCCGGUCUUUCUACCAUCGUCCACGCCAUCCGCGGUUCGCGUAUCAUCUUCCAGCGUAUGCGCAACUACGCGAUCUACGCCUGCGCCGUCACCAUCCGUAUCGUCGUCUGCUUCGCUAUCCUGGCCUUCGCGUUCAAGUUCGACUUCCCGCCGUUCAUGGUCCUGAUCAUUGCCCUCCUCAACGACGGUACCAUCAUGACUCUGUCGGUCGACCGUGUCCUGCCCUCGAACCAACCCGAUAGCUGGGACCUCGCCGAGAUCUUCGCGUAUGCCGUCGCUUACGGCUUGUACCUCACCAUGUCUACGAUCGCCCUCGUUGCUAUUUGCAUCAAGACGACCUUCUUCUACGACAAGUUCGGUGUCUUGUUCGAAUACGGUGCUAUCCAGGCGACGAACCACAACGACCGUGUCCUGCACUCCAUUGUCUACCUCCAGGUUGCCAUUAUCUCGCAGGCGCUCAUCUUCGUUACUCGGUCGCACGGUUUCUUCUUCAUGGAGCGUCCAUCGGUGGCUUUGUUCUGCGCGUUCUGCCUUGCGCAGCUCGUGUCGUCCAUCAUCGCCGUGUACGCCAACUGGGGCUUCACUGAUAUCCACGGUAUCUCCGGUGGCUGGGUUGGCAUCGUCUGGAUUUGGGACAUUCUCUGGUUCGUCCCUCUCGACUGGAUCAAGUUCGCGAUGAAGGCGACGGUCAUCAAGUCGCUCCGCAAGCGUCACGAGGCUGAGCUCGCGAAGUCUGGUGAGACUGGGAUCACCCUCUCGCGCACUCGCUCCCGCGCUGCGUCUGUCAACGCGUCCCUCUACUCCAACCGUGUCUCGUUCAUCAAGCGUGCGGCGCGCCGUGUCGGUCUUGGCCAGAAGGUCUCCGUCAAGCCAGAGGAGCUCCAGCGCUUCAGCAGCAUCCAGGCGCAGCGUGCGGGUGCGACGCUCGCGCGCAACCCCUCGCGUGUCGGUGCAUAGAUUGGCUGAGGUGCUCGUCCUUCCUUGUGUCCCAUCCCCUUUACACUUAUCAUGAUCUAAUGUAGCAACGCAUCGUCUCGUUACCCCUCAUAGACAGACGCUCUCUUCCCAUGGGCUGCUGGCUGCACACUACAUACUGCCGUCUCUUUGCCAGGACAUCGCACGAUCUCUUCGCACCUAGAUCCAUACGCAUAUACCGUAAAUUACAAGUUGAAGUAAAAUAAAACGUUAUUGCAUCAUCCAUGCGCCUGCCUUGGUUUGAUCUCUGA